UUGUUUAUUUGCAAAUUGUGUAUAAUUUCCUUACUUUCUGUGAUUAAAAAUUCUUUAUUCCAUUUGCACAUAUGAAAAUUAAAAUUCAUUCAAAAUAUAUACAGCACAAAUAAGACGUAACAUUCAAGGUGGGUGAAUCCAUAAUUGUGCUAAAUUUAACGAUGACGAAUAGCGGACAGCGGACAGUACCCAUGGAAACUAAACUGUGCCAUGAAGGUCGCUUGAGUUUAUAUUGCUAUUUAAUCACGGGUCUGGUUGUGCUUUUGGCCACGGUGCCACAGAUCUAUUAUGGUACGGUGCCAGAUAUAUGGGGUGCUGCUAUGUGGGGACCAGUAUUGUACUAUGCUCUAAUCAAUAUGGUAAUACGUUAUUUAUUGCGCGACAAUGAUUACCAAAUUGCUAUACGCUCGUCGUUUUUAGGCUUUAUUGAAGCAGCCAGCAUACUUGUCAUUUUGUUUGCCCCAGACGUAUUUAAGCAAUUCGGCGUUUACGCAUUCUUCAUGGCAUUUUUUCAUUACUCAGAAUUCCUUGCCAUUGCGUGGUGCAAUCCAAAUAGUCUUUCCACUGAUUCAUUUAUUCUAAAUCACUCCAUACACUAUGCUUUGGCGGCAAUAACUAGUUGGAUUGAAUUCGGUUUGGAAGUAUGGUUGUUACCAGAGUUCAAGAGCUACUAUUACAUAUGGCUAGUCGGUGUUGUGCUAUGCACAAUUGGUGAAAUUAUCAGAAAAAUAGCAAUGAUUACAGCACGCAAUAGUUUUACACAUUUGGUGCAAUGUGAAAAAGCAGAUAAUCACAAAUUAAUAACACAUGGCAUAUACGCAUAUAUGCGUCAUCCAUCGUAUGUGGGCUGGUUCUGGUGGUCGGUGGGCACACAAAUAAUUCUGCUCAAUCCAGUUUGCAUACUCAUUUAUGCUAUAGUGUCGUGGAAGUUCUUCCACGAUCGUAUUUUCAUGGAAGAAAUUACAUUAUUGAAUUUUUUUCGUUCCGAUUAUUAUAAAUAUCAACAACAAGUCCCAACAGGGCUGCCAUUUAUUAAAGGUUAUCUGGUUGAUUAAUUGGCUGUAAUGAAUUGAAAUGUAAGAGGUGGAGUCGUGUCAAAGUGCUGUGCAUUUAAAUGAAAAUGAUUGAAGCAAACUUCCCACAAAUUCUGUUUAUAUAUAGGUGAUUUUAAGUAUUUAAAUAACUAGUUCUAUAGAUAUUAAAAGUGUUGUAGUAUUAAGAUGUUUAUUUAUGUAAAAAAAAUCUGCAUUAAAAGUUAAAGAACUAAUUUAUUUCCUUCAGGGACUAUAGUUUAAUAUAAUAUUGUAUAAUAAAACUUUCAAUCUCAAAAUAAAA